AUGCGUUGUCAUAACUGUGGAUCAGAUAGAACAGAAUCAGAUAGUGCCUCUGGAACCAGUUACUGUGUGGAUUGUGGUACAGUACUUGAAGAAAAUACCAUUGUCGCUGAAGUGACCUUUGGUGAGACCUCGGGUGGUAAAGCCGUACUGCAAGGUUCCUAUGCUGGUGAAUCAGGUCGUAUUGCUGGUGGUGGUUUGUUUGGCAGAAACAGAGGCAGAGAGGGACAGGAACAAGCCAUUGAGAAUGGUCGUAUCAAGAUCUCUAGUUUAGCACAUGCUGUCAGGUUACCAGAGCGUUAUAGAGAAGCAGCGCAACGAUACUACAAUCUCGCCGUAGUGAAUCGAUUUACACGAGGUCGCCGCAGUGACCAUGUAGCAGCCGUAUGCUUGUACGCCGUGUGUAGAACAGAAAAGAGCUCUCAUAUGUUGAUUGAUUUCAGCGAUAUUUUGCAAGUCAAUGUGUUUACACUGGGCGCUACGUUUCUCAAACUGUGUCGAGUACUCAACCUCAGCUUGCCUCAUGUGGAUCCCUCAAUUUACAUCAGUCGAUUUGCAGUAGCCUUGGAUUUUGGCGAUUAUACACAGCGUGUGGCUCAGGAUGCCGUGCGUCUCACACAACGUAUGGACCGUGAUUGGAUUACAAGUGGUAGAAGACCUGCUGGUGUGUGUGGUGCUUGUUUACUGAUGGCAGCUCGUAUGAACGGUUUCCGCAGAACCACCAAGGAAAUGACCUACAUUGUCAAAGUAGCCGAUGUCACUAUUCAAAAGCGUCUAUACGAAUUCAAUCAAACCGAAUCAGCCCAAUUGUCAGUCCAUGAUUUCAGAACACUUUGGCUAGAGAAACGAGCCGAUCCCCCUUCAUUCCAAAAGAACCGCAAAAUUCAGGAAGAGACAGAGAGCUUGUCCAGUGGAAUGGCAAGUCCAUAUGUGCUGGAGUCCAGCGAUUUUGAUAAAGAGAACACAGAGACAGAGGAAGAGGACACAGCAUCUGUGGGCGAAAAGCGAAAGGAAAAGAACCACAUGCCUAUAGAUUCACCACAAAAGGUUCGCGCUUUGUCCACCGUCGGUGAAGGGGAGGAGGAAAUCAGUGAGGCUGACGACGACCUUGUCGAGCUCUUUGGAGGCCAUCAAAAGAACAUUACAGCAGUAGACAACGGAGCCAAGGGGCCCAAACCUGUGCGCAGUAGUAAUAAUAAGAGCGCCAACAACGGGAAAGCAAAGCAAAAGGAGCUUCAGGACGAAGCCGAUUUUGAAGACCACCUAAUUGAGCAACAAAUCCAAGACGCACUGAACCAGGAGGUCAAGGAAAUUGCCAACGUGGAUGUUUCCUUAUCAGCACAAGCAUCCAUUCUUCCCUCCAACAAACAAGCCACACAAGACACAGACGCUACUCAAGUGGGCACACAAGUGACAUUGGCAGACGAUACACAGGCUACCUUAAUUGCAGAUGGCGAAGCUGGCUAUAUACCCCUCAAAAACCAAGCGUAUGAGCAACUGACGACAGAGCAGAAACUAGAAUUGACAGCCAUCGCUAAAGCCAAGGUAGCACAAGAAGAGCAAGAGCUACUCAACCCUCAUCUAGAAAAAGACGCACGAGAAAUUGCAGACGAAAUGGAGAGCUGGUUGCACGACGAAUCUGUGAUCAAGGCAGCCAAAGACAUUGAAAAGGAAGCGCAUGCGGAUGGCGAUGAUGAAAAGGAAGAUGAAGACGACAUGGAGGAAAACGAGGGCCAUCUGUCCGAUGUGGAUUGCGAUGAAAUUGAUGCCAUGAUCUUGACGCCUGAAGAAGUGACACUAAAGACCAAAGUAUGGUACAAUGCCAACAAGGACUACUUGGAAGAAAUGGCUGUGCGUCGCAUGGUGGAAAAGGACAGAGGUGGUGCACCUUAUGCCAGAAAGAACAAGCACAAGAAGAAGAAGCAACCACAAGCCAAUUCACCUGCUGAAGCAGCAAAGCAACUGUUGGAAAAGAAAAAGCUAUCCAAAAAGAUCAAUCAAGCUGUGUUUGAUGACAUGUUUGAAUCACCCGAGUCGAUUGCCAAGAUCAAAGCAAGAGAUACACUCAAGAAAAUGGCUGCUGGUGCCAAAAUGGUCAAUGCGGAUGUGGGCGAAUAUGAAGUGGUGGAAGAGCCUGGUGAUGUGGAUGUGGUGCCUGUGGGUAAGAAAUCGUUGGAUGCCUCUGCAUUGACAGCAGCAGGGGAAGCAACAGCAACAGCAGCAGCAGCACCAGCAGCAGCAGCAGCAGCAGACGAUGAGGACGACGAGGACGACGAAGACAUGGAUUCGGAUGAUAUGGCUGACGAUGAGCGUUUCAUGCGUGAUGCCCGUGCAAAUUACACAUUGGAUGCUGAAGUGAUUGAUUACGAUGACUAUGGAGAUGACAACGAUGAUGACUAUUAA